UAUUGGUAGCAAAACUUGUCAUAUCAUGCAUGUGACGAUUUGCCCUAUUAUCUUCAUUUUAAUAGUGCUUUCUUUAGUCAUUGAUGCAAUUUCAGGCAAAGCACGAUAUAUUUUAUAAACGUUUAGUGUUAAACGAUAUAUUUUUCAAUAGUUUUUUAAACAAAAUGAACAAUGAAACGGUCGUGUUACAUGAAGGAAAGGGCAGGCGGAAAAAUAGAAAUAAAAGUUCCUGGAGUAAAGAAAAAGCCAAGGUUGAGAGGAGAAAAUCAAAAGGUCUACCAAAAAAACCAACAUGCCAGCAUAAAAAAAAAAUUAAAAUGCAACGAGAUACCUAUGCAGGAUAUAAGGCGCUUUCACCAAUCCUUUUACUCUCAUGAAGAUAAAAUUUCCCACGACAAUUUCAUAUUAAAAUACACUUCUCAAGUAGCACCAAAACGUAGACGCCCUAGCGCAAAGGGUGGUUCUCAAAAGGCAGUAACUAUAACGUAUCACAUAAAAACCAGAUGUCAAGGUGUAGUGCAGAUUUGUGGCAAUGCGUUUUUAGCUAUUCUUGGAAUAUCUAAAUUUAGAGUGCAAAAUAUUUGUAAGCAACAUCACUUAACUGGACAAAGUGCCAAAGAAAAUCGUGGGGGUGAUACCAAGUCAGCAAAAUAUUUGGAAAGAAAGAAUGAAGUUAGAAAAUUUAUCCAAUCCCUAAAAUGCGUCCAAUCUCAUUAUACACGCGGGCAAAGUCUUAGGCAAUACUUCCCUAGUGACUGUUCUGUUCGUAAAUUAUGGAACUCAUAUAACAACAAAAUUGAGGCACACAAUCAAGUAAAAUAUCAUUUUUUUUGGGAUAUUUUUAUGAAUGAUUUUAAUAUUAGUUUCAAGACACCAGCUACAGAUGCUUGCUCCGAGUGUAUAAGACUUAAAUCAAACAUUCAAAUUCUUAAGGGCCAAGAAAAAGCUGGAUCAAUGGCAAAAUACACUGUCCAUAAAAUGAAAGCAAAGGCAUUUUAUGAAAUACUUAGGGAGGAAAAUCCAGCAACUUUCAAAUUUUCAUUUGACUGCCAAAAAAAUCUAAUAUUGCCAAAAGUCCCCGAUCAAAUUGCCUAAUAUUCUCGGCAAUUAUACCAAUAUAAUAUGACGAUAUGCGAAGGGCAUUCAAAGAAUGUACAAAAUAAAGAAACCGUCAACAUUUUCACUUGGUUAGAAAGUGAACGCCUGAAAGGGUCGAACGAAAUAUCCUCCAUAGUCUUUCACUUCCUUUGCAGUAAAAAUUUAGACAGUUAUAAAUCCAUACAGAUUUUUUCAGAUGGUUGUCCAGGCCAAAACAAAAACAUGACAAUGGUUGGUAUGUUGGCCAAAUGGCUUAAAGAAAAGUCUCCUAAAAAUAUUCAGUCUCUAGAGUUCAUAUUUCCAAUCGUAGGCCAUUCUUAUAUACCGCCAGAUAGAGUCUUCGGGAGAUUAGAAAAAAGACCUUAAAAGGAAGGAUACCAUAAUUGAUCCCCAUGAGUAUAUAAACAUAUUUUCUAAAUACGGAAAAGUAAAAAUACUUGGUAAAGACGUGCCUGUUUUUGAUUUUAAAACAUGUGUAGCUGAAAAUAUUAAAGCACCUGGUCAGUUACAUUUCCAGUUUGCGCCAGCAAAAAGAUUAAAAUUGAUAAAAGAUAAAAACACUAUUUUACUUAAAGGGGAAACAACAUACAAAAGUGAUUUAGGUGUCUUUAAACCAUUCCUCAAAAAAGGAAAAAAUUUCCAUUUUAAGCCUGAAUUGCUUCCACUGAAGGUCCCGGUAAAAAAGGAGAAACUAGAAGAUGUCAAUAAACUUCUCAAACAGCAUUUUGGACCAAAUUGGAUGGAGCUUAGUGAAUUGGACUUCUACAAGAACCUUCUAUCCAGACCAGACAAAGACGAGAUUCAAGAAGAAAUGGAAGAAAUUCAGGAUAUUCCAACAGAAUUAAGUGAUGAAUUGACCGUAUGAUUUAACCAACUUUAAUUUGUUUAAGAUACUGUCU